UUAUCAGACACCCUGUAUAUGCUAAAUAGUCCUAAUAAACUGAUAAACAUUAAUAAUAACAUAAAUAACUUCUCUAUUAUGUGGUCUCUUAAUAGUAAAUGUUUAUAAUUGUACAUAUCGUACUAUUUACAUAGUGUAAAUCAGUAAAGAGUGAAAAUCAAACAAGUGGGAUUCAAUGCAAAUAAAGUAGAUGUCAACAAAAUGGAUAAGGUUUACAAAGACAUGAAAGUGGAACUUGAGCACUCAACCGUGGAUAAUAGUUUGCUUAACAGUGAUAAUAGCAAUAUACCAUCAAUGAUAAUAGAAGAAUUGGAUGAAAAUGCUAUUAAAUCAUUGGAUGUGGAUAUGGAUGAAUUUGUUGAAGUUAAAACAUUACAAAUACAGGAAGUAAAAGAACUUAUUCCCAAGUAUGAAUUGACUCCAAUAUGUAAUUCUAAAGAUGUUAAGGAUAUGGAGGAUCAAGAUGUAUUGUUAACUGCGGAUGAAGAACAUCAAUUGACAAAGCAAUUUUUAAACGGAGAAUUAACAUUUAGUGAAUAUUCGUCCAGAAUGGAUCAAGAUAUAGACUUGGAUAUAACAGAAAAUGAUAAUAUCAGAAGUGAUAUAAAAACAGAAUGUGAAACUGUACAAACAAUUGCUGAUCUAAAGUCACAGAAAACAAGCAAUGUGCAACAGGUACGACAAAAAAGAAAAAGACGCACUCUACCGACAGUUUUGCAAGGAUUAAUGGGAGAAGCAAAUUUAAGAUUUGCAAAAGGGGAGACAAAUAAUGCGGAGCGAAUAUGUAUGGAAAUCAUAAGAGAAGUACCAAGCGCUCCGGAACCUUUUCAGACACUAGCUAUGAUUUACGAAAAUGAUCAGCCGGAAAAAUCAUUGCAAUUUGCGCUGAUAGCUGCGCAUCUUAGUCCGAAAAAUGCCGAUCAGUGGAUAAGAUUAGCUAAUCAAUCUCUAGAAACCGGUAAUAUAAAGCAAGCGAUAACUUGUUACUCAAAAGCAAUUCAAUCCAAUCCAAAGGAUAUACAUUUAUACGAGACGCGAGCGGAACUUCAAGAACUGAAUGGUGAUAAGAAAGCUUACAUACGAGCGUAUACGAAGUUGAUUCAUCAAUUAGAAACUGACGAUAGCGAAUACAUAAAGAAAUAUGCGAAAGUGUUGAUCAAACAUUAUAUACAGGAAGACAAUACUGAAAUGGCGUUGGAAGUGAUGGAGUUUGUCUUCGACAAGUGUUCCCAUGUUAUCACAUUGGAAGAGGUUAAUAUUAUGACCGAAUUGUUAAUAGUAUUGAAGCAAUUUCAGAGAUGCUUGAGUAUAUUGAUCAAAUAUACAGACAUUGAGGUACAAUAUAAGGAUAAUAAAAAGCAGGAAAACACAGUCGACAAUGAGACAAAUCAAAAUAUUGAGGAAAUAGAAUCUUGCAAUAUUCCAGACAAUGUGGCUGUCGAUUUGAAAGCAAAGUGUAUCAUAACUCUCAUUGAACUGAAUUACAUUCGCAUAGCGGACGAACUUGUCUCGAAAUUUCAUAUGCUCGAGAAUCCAGAAAUAUCCGGAGAUCUCUUUUUGGAUAUUGCGGAGACGUUUAUGGGUAAGAAAGAGUAUCACCGUGCAUUGGUUUUGUUGGAUCCGUUACUCAAAAGUCCGAAGUUUAGUCUGGCCGCAGUUUGGCUGAGACAUGCGGAAUGCUGGGUCGGUUGCAAUGAUAUAGACAAGGCCAUAAACUCUUACAAAGUUGUCCGGACGUUGUCGCCACAGCAUUUAGACGCAAGAUUGGCUCUCGCCAAGCUUUAUAAAGAGAAACAACUUUACAACAAUGCGAUAGAGGUUCUCUAUCAGAAUCCAGAAUGCGACGAAUUAGAUCCCGAUGUCGUUUAUCAGAGAACCUUGUUGCUUUUUAAAGUCGGAAGAUACGAAGAAUAUUUUUCGUCGGGAAUGUUACUUUUUUCAAGACAUUGUGUCAAGAUAAGAAGGAAGAUCGAACUGAAUUCAUUGGCACGCGCGGCGGGAGUGCGUCAACGACUCGAGAGUUUGCAACUUCGUCGUCUUAAUUUCGGCGAAAAGUUGGACGACGAAAACGCUCCGACAUUUAUCGCCAAUGAAAAGCCAAGCGAAAAGAAAGAAUUCCUACUGUUUUUACAGAUGUGCAAGCUAGCAUUUCAAUUGAAAAAGUACGGUUUCCUCCAAAGACUGUCUUUCACCGCUCUGACAUCGAAGAGGUUUAAGAAGAGAAAUUCUCACAUACUUUUUUUAUGUUUGCUCUCUUGCAUUCACAACCAGGACUCGUUCUACGGCUACAACAUCGUGCGAGAAUUCGUACGUGUCUGUCACCGACCGAAUGUGUGGAAUUUAUUAAAUAUCAUCAUCCAAAGGGCGGAAGAUCUGAGGCAUAACAGAUUUAUAAUGCGUUUACUUGGAAGAGACGAUAUAUUUUCUUACUUGCAUAUUAUGCAUGCGAACAACUGUCUUGUAUCGGGGACGUACAAAUACGCUUUAAAUAGCUACGUUUCUUUGUUCAAAGUAGCACCCAGUGCACUUUUGGCAUUGUUAAUUGGCGUUACACAAAUGCAAAUGGCGUGUCAAAGAAUAGCGUCUAAGAAAACUCCACUUGUAAUUCAAGCGUUCGCGUUUUUAAAAAAAUACGCAGAAUUACGUGGCAAAGAGGGCGAACAAGAAGCAAAUUACAAUAUAGCGCGGGCAUUCCAUCAGUUGGGUUUAUUGCCAUCUGCGAUAAAUUUCUACAAAUUGGUAUUGGACGAAGAACCUAGCGAUCUAGUCAAACAGCACGCAAAUCUUUUGGACCUGAGAAAGGAAGCGGCUUUCAAUUUGCAUCUCAUCUAUUUGCAAUCUGACAAUCAUCUUCUAGCUAGAACGUAUCUCGAAAAUUAUAUUACAAUUUAAAUUAACAACGUGUCGCAGAAAGAACGUUUUUAUUUAGUAUGUUAUUUGGUGUAUUAUAAUACCGACCUAGUGCGGUUUGAGUGCGAGCGGGAGACCCCGAGUUUCAAAUCCGCACUACCGGAUUUUUCCCGGGCCGGUCUCUUUUAAGUCGAGUUUAUCGCUUGAAAAGCAAACCGAAUCGGGCCUUCCAAUCAGCUUGAAUUUGGUUGUGAAAGAUGUGGAUGAGGAAUGUAAAGAAAUAUUGUAACUCUGAGGAGUAUCAAUAAAAUUCCCUAAUUCUUUAUUUAGUGUGUUAUAUACUGUAUUAUUUACUGCAUAUUAUUUGUACUGUUGUUAUUUUUGUUUACACACAUAUGAAUAAAUUUAAUUUUUCUACGAUACAUGUUUGUUCUUACUUUUGACCUUGUCUUA